GCCGCUCCCCGGGCCGUACAUGUGCCGAGCGAGAGCGACUCGCGUAGUGGGCCCAGUGCCACCGUCGCGAACCAGCGUAAACGAGAAACGCUCCGUUUAAACAUUUUAAAUUUCGAAUCCCCCGAUCGUUUGUUGUUUUAAAAGUGUCAGAGUGUUGAAGUGAUAAAUACGAUUACUUAAAGGUUUUUGUGAUGAUAAAGUGAACCCGAAUGCUGCGAUUAUAUGGAAUUCUAUAUAUAUAGCGAAUCAUGAGUUUGAUGGCGAUUAUCAAGUUUGGCUACAUGCUCGUCGUUGUCACAUUACUCCUGAUGAUAUGGGCCUCUUUGGCGAGAGCAUUAGAAAUACACGUGGACACUGGCCACCCGCCGUGUCUGUUCCAAGCGCUAUGCACGUGCUCGAAGCCCGCGGGCGACCUGGGUAUAGUCACGUGCAAACACGUACCCAUCCUCAGGGUGCCCGCCGCCGUCAACAGUUCCAAAGUAUUCACGCUACAGCUCACGGGGAACAAGAUUAGAGAUCUGGAACCACAGUUUUUUCAAACGACAGGUCUCUACAGACUGGCGAUAAACCAGAACCCUUUGGAGAGUGUACAUGAGGAAGCAUUCUACGGACUUGACAAUACAUUAUGGGAACUGGAACUGAAAUACGACAAACUGACGGCUGUGCCGAGCAGAGCGCUGAGAUAUCUACAGAAAUUGAGGUUGCUGGAUCUGACGGGCAACGAGAUAACGGAUAUAUCUGGUGACAACUGGCGAGGUUUGGAGAAUACAUUGCACACGCUGGUCCUGGCCGAGAACUCUAUCACCAGCCUGCCUCUGGACGCUUUCUCCGGCCUACCUGUACUAGAGGUGCUCGAUCUGCAUGGAAACAAUUUAGCUGUCAUCGAUAGCGGGGUGUUUAGAGAUGGAAUGAAUAGACUGAAUAAGCUUCUAUUAAGUGAUAACCAACUCUCGUUCAUUCCCUACGAGGAGUUGGCUCCACUCCGCCAGCUGAGAUACCUGGACCUUUCCAACAAUGUAAUCAAACAAGUGCCCCCAACCCAUGAACUGAACGGAGUCACAUUGUCCUUGGACAAUUUAAAAUUAGAUCACAAUCUCAUCGGCACUUUAAUGCCUGGAUCCUUCAAAUACUUUAAUGUUUUGAACUCCACAUCUUUGGAUGGUAAUCCUAUUUAUUCCUUGAGGGAAGAUGCGUUCAGAAACGCUAAGAUAAAAUCCCUUUCUCUUCGCGACUGUAGCAUUUCGGAUCUUUCACCGGCGUCAUUCGCUGGUCUGGAGAACAGCCUGCAAAGCUUGGAUCUCGCGGAGAACAAUCUCACCAUGUUGUCAAAGAUCAUGCUUAAUAAAUUAGAUUCAUUAAGAUUGCUGAAUCUACGUGAAAACAAGGUGGAUAGUAAUUUACUCUCUACAAAUAAUCCAUCGGAGUUUACACCCACCACUUUCAAUAACUUCCAAUACAAAUUGUUUUACUUGGACAUAAGCGGUUCGUCAUCGUUAGAAACGAGUUUACAGGAUAUAAGAAAAAUGAGAUCACUAAGAUAUCUCGCUGUAAGUAAAUUGAUUAGAAGAAGUAUAAGCUCAGAAGACUUUCUCGAAUUCGGUGUGGAGCUGGAAGAUCUAAAAAUAUAUGGAAGUACGAUAAAUAAAAUAGAGGCAAGCGCAUUCCAGUACGUCCGAACGAUUAAGACUUUGGACUUGUCUGAAAACAAUAUUGACUAUAUUGAUCCAUUCGCAUUUGCUGAGCUGCACAGUCUAACAACUCUUAAAAUGGCAAAUGGUUUAGACGACUCGGUGAAAAUACUACCGUUUGAACCCUUGAAAGCCCUCAUUGAACUUCAGUACUUAGAUUUAAGCAAUAACAAAAUAAAGAACGUCCCGGAUACAUCAUUUCAUUUCCUUUAUAAAUUAAAAAUGCUUAAUCUGCAAGACAAUGCAAUAGACCACUUCUCCAAAGGAACUUUACAGGGAGACAUACAUAGAUAUUUGGAGAGCGUUUGUUUGUCUCUGAACCAAAUGACUCAAAUAGCGCAACAUACAUUCGUGGACUUGAGAGAACUGCAAGAAGUUUUGAUUGAGGAUAAUCAAAUUGAAAAUAUUCAGAGACGAGCAUUCACUAGUUUAGAUAAUUUGAAAGUUAUCAAACUCAGGGGAAAUAGGAUUAUUGAUAUAACUGAAGAAGCAUUCCAAAAUCUACCCGCUCUGAAAGAAUUGGAUGUAUCGUUUAAUCGGCUGGAAACUUUCAAGUUCUCUAUUUUCGACCAAGUUGGCUCAGCCACUGCGUUGAAAGUCAAUGCCUCUUACAACCGCAUUACAACGCUCACCGAUUCCAAUGCACCUACAUUCUUUUCAUCUAACUUUUACCCACCACCAAAACCUCAAAGGUUGAUUUCUGACAAUGCGAUUCCACUCCAACAAGGUAUGGGAACAGUUACGGUCAAUAUUCGAGUACUGGAUUUCUCUCACAACAAUAUUACAUACAUCGCGCCGUAUUACUUCAGGCAUGCCGAUCUCACUCUAUCAGAGUUGUAUCUUUCACACAAUUUGCUUAGAAAUAUAACGAGGGAAGUUUUCGGAUCGAUGCUAAUGCUGCAGUAUCUGGAUUUGUCUCAUAACCACAUAUAUCACAUGGAAUACGAUUGCUUUAAGAAAGUUAAGAAUUUACAGAUUGUCGAUUUAUCACACAAUCACCUCAUUGAAAUGCCUAUAGAAGUCUUCCAUGAGAUGUUAGCGUUGACUUCUGUUGAUUUGUCUGACAACCGAAUUAAGAACUUGGCUGACAAUCUCAUUAUUUCCCCAUCUAUCGAAAGAUUGGAUCUAUCGAAUAAUGAUUUAUCAAGAGUACCAACAAAUUGUCUAUCCCACGCAGCCGCUGGUAACUUGGUAGAAUUGGAUCUUAGCGGCAAUACUAUUCCAGCUGUUUCUAUUACUGAUCUAGUUCAAAGAUUCCGGAGCCCCGACCAGGACUACUGGCCUGAGGACCACGACGACUACAACGACGAAUACAUGUACCACACUGCUAGACGGGAUCACACCAGAGUAUUCCAUCAAAAAAAGCAAUUCCCGCAGAAUAUUUUGUACAAGUCCCUAGCAUGGUUGGAUUUGUCCGACAAUCACUUGGUGCGUGUCGAAGGCGGAUCAUUUGGUGCGUUACCGAAACUGCGAUGGCUGGACUUGAGCAACAACUCACCAUUCAAUCCAAGUGAGCGUGUCAACACAAUGUUCAAAGGUCUAGAACGAAGACUAUCUCAUUUGGGCUUGAAGAAUGUUAGCUUAGUAUCUAUUCCAUCUAUGUCAUUAUCAAAACUAAAAAGUCUAGAUCUGUCAUACAAUAACUUGCCAUCGAUAUCACCAGAGACUACAGGAAACUUGACUAGACUAAGAGUUCUAGAUCUCUCGUACAAUGACUUCACCAAAGUACCGGAGGCAACACAUUCAUUAACCAAUCUCCGUUGGCUGUCGUUAUCUGGGAAUCCUAUCACAGCUUUAAGGAACACCAGUCUCUAUGGCGUUUCACCACGUUUGGAAUAUCUGGAUAUUACCCGCCUUCGCCUGAAUAUUUUAGAGCACGGUGUAUUAAGUAAAAUGUUUAGUUUGCGUACACUAAAAGUAAAUGUGUAUCCCAGUGUAAGAGAUUUCAACAUACCACAAUUGGUAACAUAUAAUGCUGCCUUAGAAAACCUCCAAAUCGAAGUAGACGAUCCACAAGUAGAUCUUGGUAAAGAGAUGACCGGUGAAUUACCCGGGAAGCUGAAUAAUAUAACAUUAACUGGAAGAUCUUUGAAGUUUAUAUCUCAAUAUUUACUGAGUGGAGUGCAAUCAAAGGUCUUACGACUGACAAUACAAAACACAAGCGUCGAAGACAUCGCAAGCGAAGUAUUCUGGAAGCCGGGGCGCAUUAAGAAUUUGACUUUAGACCUGAGAUACAACAGCCUGGCUAGAGUGCCCAAUCCAGCCCAAAAAGAAUGGCCAGGCGUCCCCAACCACUUGUUCCUCCAUGAUAUCCUGGUAGCUGGAAAUCCCCUUGCAUGUGAUUGUGGAAUUGGAUGGAUUGAAGCUUGGGAUCGUAAAAGAAGACAAUACCUUUGUGAGAGUCCUUCAGAUUGUGUUGCCACGAGGGACGAUGUUAGGUUCUCCGUCUGCCCGUUGUACAGCAAUCGAACUUUAAUUGACGUACUAUCAAAGGAAUUAGACUGCAGUUGGAGCCGAGGAUUUUUGUUGUCACCAAAUUUAAUCAUUAUUUUAGCAAUGUCAGUUUUAACAUAUCUUUAUAUUUGAGGACUGUUUUGGCUUCUAGGAAUUUACGAAGAGUUUUAUAGAAUACUAUCAACGGUGUAUACAUUUUGAGCUGAAGUGAAAUUGUUUCCAAAAAAAAAACAAAGAAGGAUCACAUCAAAUUUUAAUAUCUCUAUAAUUCCACUAUUUAAAUCAGAUUGAAGACGUUGAUAGUUCUUCAGAUUGUACCUGUAAUAUGGCCUAGUAGCAUUUCUGUAAUAGCCAAAUCCUUGUUAGUGUAGUUUUUGAUAGAACCCUAAGACUCCGCGAGAUUAUUUGAUGGUGAAUACAAAAGUGUAUAAUUGAUAUUAGGAAUGGAUAUUAUGAGGGAUAAGAAGCCAGAAAAAUUUGUUAUUAGUUAUUCAAAAGGAAGAUUAUCUUAUGAUCUCUAGUGAUUCGAUCUAUGUUUAUGUUAUUGUUGCAAUUUAUUCCCCCUGUAUCGUGCACUUUGAGUUUGCUUCACAAUAUACAGAGUGUUUUGCUUUUCGUUCAAUGUCCAAGAUCUACACAUUUCGUGCACUGUCUGGUGAUUGUUUGUUUGAAACUUUAAUUAAAAUUUGGAGGAGAACGCUUAAUGUAGAUACUAUGAUCAAUGUAAUAUAAGUAUCUGGAAGUGCACUUAAUGUCAUGUAGAUAUUGCAUUUAAUUCGAAUUAAGAUAAGUUGAAUUGAAAGCAAUGACUUAAUUAUUAUUCUCUAAGUAGACUGCAUUCGCUCGAAUGGUAUGUGUUCGUCCAUUAUUAAUAUUAACAAUAUUAUUUAUAGAUAUGUUUGUUUGUGUAUUAGGCUUAACUAGUUAUAAAUCCAUUGGAUCAAUGUAAUAUACCUAAUUGAAUGUUGUUAAAUUUUGUUUGACCCUCUUUAUAUAAUCUAAUGCAUAGCUAUAUACAUACUUUUAUCUUUCUCUGUUUGAAUUAGUGUUAUAUUUUUCAAAUCUCUAUACAUUAACAAAAUUAGU